AUGGCAGCAAGUCACACACAAAAGCACCCGACCAUGAUAGAGGUAGUGGAGGAGCUGAAGAAAAUAUUAGAGAUAGGUUUUCCUAUAAUGGCUAUGGGCUUAUUAAGCUACUUGAAAAACAUGAUUUCAGUAGUGUGCAUGGGACGGAUAGGAAGCUUGGAACUGGCAGGUGGCGCAUUGGCCAUCGGCUUCACUAACAUCACAGGUUACUCUGUACUUUACGGCCUUUCCAUGGGGAUGGAACCACUUUGUAGCCAAGCUUUUGGAUCCAGAAACUUAGCCUUGGUGUUCCAUACUCUUCAAAGAACAACCAUUUUGUUACUAUUUGCAUCUAUACCCAUUGGAUUUUUAUGGAUUGACCUUGAGCCUCUCAUGCUAUGGCUCCAUCAAGAACCACAGGUAGGACAUAUUGCAAGCCUAUACUCCCGGUUUGCAGUCCCCGAUCUUAUUGUCAAUAGCCUACUUCAUCCUCUUCGUAUCUACUUACGAAGUAAAGGUACAACAUGGCCAUUGCUUUGGUGCACUUUGCUGGGAACACUUCUGCAUUUUCCCAUCACAAUCUUCUUAACUUUCAAUCUUCGUCUUGGUAUCCAAGGAAUUGCAAUUUCCACAUUUGUUGCCAACCUUAACACCUUGUUCUUCCUUCUGGGCUAUAUUCUUUAUUCCCAUGAGAGCAAUGAGCCUUUGUAUAACCUCCUAAUGCCAAGUUCAAAACAGGAUGAUUCCACUUCCUUAGGGGGGGAAUGGGGAAUGCUACUUCGACUAGCAAUCCCUAGCUGUCUAGCUGUUUGUUUAGAAUGGUGGUGGUAUGAGUUUAUGACACUUCUAGCUGGUUACCUCGACAAACCUCAUGUUGCACUUGCAACAGCAGCUAUAGUAAUACAAACCACAUCUCUCAUGUACACAUUGCCUUCAGCUCUCAGCGCAUCAAUUUCAACAAGAGUAGGCAAUGAACUUGGAGCUGGGAGACCCGAUAAGGCCCGUUUGGCAACUGCAGUAACUAUAGCAGUAGCCUUUUCGACAUCAGUAGUUGGUUUUCUGUUGACUACCUUAGGGAGAAGAGCAUGGGGUAGUGUCUUCACUGAUGAUAGUGAAGUUCUUGAGCUAACAGUGGCUGUUCUGCCAAUUAUUGGACUUUGUGAGAUUGCCAAUUGUCCACAAACCACUUGUUGCGGGGUGCUCCGAGGGACUGCUAGACCAAGUGUCAGUGCAAGAAUUAACUUCUACUCUUUCUACUUGAUAGGAACACCUGUAGCAAUAGCUUUGGCCUUCUUCCAGAAAAUGGGGUUUUCGGGCCUUUCUUAUGGACUUUUAGCAGCUCAAGUGGCAUGUGCGUUCUCAAUCUUAACAGUCUUAUACAAAACAGAUUGGGAAAAUGAAUCAAUAAGGGCAAAAUACUUGGUUGGAGAGAAUAAUGAUUUCGUAUAUUCAGAUAUACUGGGAAAAUGUGAGGAAGGAGAAGAAUUUCCCAAAGGGGAUAGUUUCUGA